CACCACCACCGCGCAAGUACACGCACUACUUGCGUCAACAGCCGCGGUGCGUCGCCGGCGGCGGCCAGCCCGUCUAUUCCUUCUCGCCCUGGCGGCCCGUUCCAAGCCUCAAAUUCUCAAAAGCAAAAACUCAUCUCAACUCAAACUAGACUCGUGCAUCUCCAGUUCGACCUUAUUUUGAGGCCUAAAGACAGGCUUGUUGCGAUCACCCCCUCAACUCCGAUCCCCAUCCAUAAUCAGAUGGCGUCGACGGACGUUGAACCGGACUUCGUUAGGGGACGCUGCAACCUCACAACGCCUUCCCUACAAAUUAGGACCCGUACUAUUUCCAUCGCGGCUGUGUCGAACGGGGGUAGGGGUGAAGGCGGGGGUCCCACACCACCAAAUGUUUUCCUCUUACAUGGAGUAUGA